AUGGUCUACUCAAACCACUGCCAGGUCGACAAGACCGCUUUCCGAAACCAACAGAAGCCAUCGUCGUCUUCUAAGAGCGGCUCGAAACAGCACCUUCUCCCAGGCAUUCGCUGCCCUACGUGCCAUGCCUCAGGUAAAGAGGUGUGGGUACUACCCGGAAAAGAGUGCGGCUACUGCGGCACCCCCUGCGGCUAA